GCCGGCGGGGGCGGGGCGGCCGGAGGAGGCGUUGGCAGCGGGCUCGGACCCACGCGGCGCCGCGGCCCGCCUGGCCUGCAGCGCUCCCACCCCCGGCGGCGGCACGAUGCCCUUUGACUUCAGGAGGUUUGACAUCUACAGGAAGGUGCCCAAGGACCUUACGCAGCCAACGUACACCGGGGCCAUUAUCUCCAUCUGCUGCUGCCUCUUCAUCCUCUUCCUCUUCCUCUCGGAGCUCACCGGAUUUAUAACGACAGAAGUUGUGAACGAGCUCUAUGUCGAUGACCCAGACAAGGACAGCGGUGGCAAGAUCGACGUCAGUCUGAACAUCAGUUUACCCAAUCUGCACUGCGAGUUGGUCGGGCUUGACAUUCAGGAUGAGAUGGGCAGGCACGAAGUGGGCCACAUCGACAACUCCAUGAAGAUCCCGCUGAACAAUGGGGCAGGCUGCCGCUUCGAGGGGCAGUUCAGCAUCAACAAGAACCAGGAGCUUCAGAUGCUAAGUCAAGUGGGUGAACGCAGUGCCCUUGGGAGGGCCGAGGCACCCGGUGGCAGCUGGCAGGGUUUUGCUCAGCACGUGCCGGCCUUCCUCGAAGCUCGGUACUGUCACAGUGGAGCCUCUCAACAACGCUGUGAGGCAGCACCAUUUGACAGGUUAGGAUGCUGGGGCCCAGAGAGGUUAAGUGUCUUGCCCGAGGUCACACAGCUAUCCGCAUGUCCCACAACUCCCCUUCCCAGCCCCAGCCAAACUGAGCCACUGGCCACUCCUGGCUUCUCCUUGUCCCUCCUGCAGCCUCUGCUCAGAACGCCCUUCCUCCAGACCCUGACACCUGAGUUGGGGUUGCAAAGUCACUGGCCACAUCCAGCCCAAAGAUAAAUUUUGUUUGUCCAGUAUAGCAUUUAACUGCAUCAGAACCAGUAUGAAAAGAUCAGGAAUCCAGAUUUCUGGCUUUUAAAAGUCAGAGGCUCUCACUACGUUGGGUCCGUGUUCCCGCUAUGACAAUGACCUGGCACCAAUGGGCAGUGUUCCCCUUUAGAGAGGGUGUGUGCUGUCCCUUCCCACAGUCCCUGGCAGGCGGCUGGAAGGCCAGGCCUGGUCAUCUGUCAAGCAGGGUGGACUUCUUACGUGACAGUUCAGGGCUCCCUUAAGUGCUAAAGCAGAAGCUGCAAGGCUUUCUUAAGGUUUCGAGUGUUGCUGGGAGAAAUCUGCUGCAUGUUGUGGGUUAAAGGGAGUCUCGCACCAGCCCAGGCCCUCAGGAGGAGGAGAUACCAGGAGGCAGGGAUGCUGGGGGUCGUGGUUCACUGGGGGCUCUCUCUGCCCAUGAGCUGCCACACAGCACCUUUGCCAUGCCCCGUAAUUUGGAUUUUAUGGUGGUUGUGAUGGAAAGCCAUUUGAGGGUUUUGAACAGGGAGGCAAUGUAAUCAGAUUUAUGCCUUAGAACUGGACUAUCCAAUAGGUUGCCACCAGCCACAUAAGGCUAUUUAAAUUAAUUCAAAUUAAAUAAAAUGUACAAUUCAGUCACUCAUUCUCAUCAACCACAUUUCAAGUGCUCAAAGCCACGUGCUGGCUAGGGGCCACAGCGUUAGAUAGUGCAGAGAGAAAGCACUUCCAUCGCUGAGGAAAGUUCUGCUGGACCGCACACCCUUAGAAGGAUGGCUCUGGUGGCCGGGCGCGGUGGCUCAAACCUGUAAUCCCAGCACUUUGGGAGGCCGAGGUGGGUGGAUCACGAGGUCAGGAGAUCGAGACCAUCCCGGCCAACAUGGUGAAACCCUGCCUCUACUAAAAAUACCAAAAAAACCAAAAUUAUCCGGGCGUGGUGGCAGGCACCUGUAGUCCCAGCUACUCAGGAGGCUGAGGCGGGAGAAUGGCAUGAACCCGGGAGGUGGAGCUUGCAGUGAGCCAAGAUCGCACCGCUGCACUCCAGUCUGGGUGACAGAGUGAGACUCCAUCUCAAAACAAACAAAAAAAGGAUGGGGCUGGGCUGGAGAGGGUGGCAGGCAGUGGUUGUGGCAGUGGAGCUGGGGAGAUGUGGUCGGAUUAGGGAGGUAGAAUCAAUAAGACUCAAUGAAGAAUCGGAUGUGGGGGUAAGGGCACAUGUGGAAGCAAAGAAACCUUUGACAUCUUUGUCUUGACAACCGGGUGGUCCUGUUUCUAGACAUGGAAGCUUAGAAAAGCCUGGAUUCUGUGGGAAGUAGGUAGGGCUGGGCAUUGGUCAUUCCACUCUGGUUUCCUUUGGGGUUCCCAUUAGGUGUCUACAGGGAGAGGUGAAAUUGGAAGUUGGAGGUGUGGAGAGUUCAGGAGAGGGUUCUGGACCACAGAUGUUGAGGUGGGAGUCAUCAGUGAAUAGAUGAUGUUGGAAGUCAUGGGUCCUCAGAGUGGGGGCUCCUUAAGCCUCCAGGCCAGCAGCAUCAGCAUCACCUGGGAGAUUGUUAGGAAUGCAGAUUCUCAGGCCCCCCUAAGACCCACCGACUCUGUGCUAGAACAAGCGCCCCUCAGAGAUUCUGAUGCCACUGAAGUUUGAGGAGCAUUGGUUUAAGCAAGAUUACCUACGGAGAGGCUGUAGAUCCGUGUUCUAAACCUGGGGUCCACAGACACCCCCAAGAAGAGCGGAUUGAAUGCAAGAGAUCUAUGAAGUUGGAUGGGGGAAAAAUUGACAUCUUUAUUUUUGCUAAACUCGAUCUAAAGUUUAGCAUUUCCAUCUGCGAUGAACGUAGGCCACAAACCACAAUAGUAUUAGCAGUGCCUGGGACCUCCUCAACAACAGAAAUUGCCGAUAUUUAUAGCACGUUACAGUUGUUGCAGAUAAUUUCCAGAGACUGUUUAUAUGCACCACUGUUUUAAAAUUACGGUGAUUGGCCAGGUGCAGUGGCUCACACCUGUAAUCCCAGCGCUUUGGGAGGCCAAGGUGGGUGGAUCACUUGAGGAGUUCAAGACCAGCCUGGUCAACAUGUCAAAACCCUGU